AUGUUAUCAGUGGACAUCCGUGCGCCGCCCACGAAGCGCCGCCGGGGAGUGAGGCAGGCUGUUCCAGAGAGCGGACGCCACCCCCCAGAAGAGCGAGGAAGGUCGAGAUUCCUGGAGGAGCGGCGAGUGGAUGUGUUCUUGAAGCAGAAGCACCCCAGGGCAAAGGUGCACCAGGAUUAUUCAUGCCUUCUGGUCUAUGCGAACGUACGGAAGAGUAUGAAUAGAUUUUAUAUCAUUCAGAUUAUCAGACUGACGAAAAAAUACAUCUGCUUUACGCGCUGGGGAAGAGUGGGAGAGAGAGGAACAUGGUUUGAGUAUGAUGGGACAGACGAGGCAAAUGCUGUAAAGAAUUUCAAGGAAAUCUUCAAAAGUAAAACCAGAAAUAGCUGGGAAAGGAGACACGCCUUCAGGUCUUACUACCGGCAAAAAUAUACCUGGAUUGAAAUAGAUGAGAAGGCGGAAGAAGGGGGCGUGUCCUGCAACUUGGAUCCGGGGACUUGCAAGUUGGUCAGACUUAUCCACGCGAAGGAGAUUCUGUGCAACAACAACAGAGAGGAUAAUAGACUCCCUUGUAAGGAUAGAUUAGGCCGUGUGGUUGCAGGUGACGGUGAAGUAGAUGUCAGAAUUUCUAGAGUUUUAGGUUUGAGCUCGAAAAUCUUCCCUAUUGGACACGGUCGACAUUUGAGGUCGACAAGGGAAAUUCUGUUGGAGUUUUCGAAAGCAAAGGACACGCUGACCCCGGCCGUGCAUCCAACGCGGGUUCUCUACGAUCAGCUGGAGUGCGACCUGCAACUCGUGUGCAAGAACUCUCCGGAAUAUAAGCUGAUCAGGGAGUACGCAACAGCUUCGAAAUCCACAUAUAGGAGGCGUAUUGUGAACCUUUGGAGGGUCAACCGCAAAGGGGAGAAGGAAAGAUUCGCGCCCCACGCUGGCCUCCCGAACCGAAAGCUGCUCUGGCACGGGACGAAGCCGUGGUGCGUCGGACGAAUCCUCCGGGAGGGGCUCAGACUUCUGCCGCACUCGGAGGGAGCUUCGGGAGGGGACUCUACUUCGCCUCCGAGUACGAGAAGAGCGCCGUCUACGCCUCCACCUGCAACUUCGAGGGCGAGAGAGCAGUCUCCUUCCUGUUCCUGGUCGAGGUGGCUCUCGGGACUCCGUUUUGAGACUGGGCAGAGUGACUCGUCGCUGAGAAGGGCCCCCGCAGGCUAUGGCAGCGUCGUCGGGAGAGGGAGGACUGAGCCAGGUGGGACUCGGUCGGUCGAGGUCGCUCGUUGGUCGCCGUCGUCCCGUCAGUUAUCUGAAUAUUACACGCGUGAUGCUAAACCCUCAGCAUCCGGACGGUCAUCAAAGCAAAAUCACCGCUUUUUCACAGCACUGUUAGGCAGAAGAUUAACAAUGGCCGCUGAAUCAGCUGUGAGAACGAUGCCAAUCUACUACAGAUCUCUCGACUUGGUUGCCAAAAAAUGUCACGAUGAAAAAACUUUAUUCUAG